AUGACACCAAAGACGGUUCAGGAAAAUCUAGCUACAUCAGUCAAGGAUGAAUGCAAAUGUUGUGGAAAAAACCAUCGGAUCUACAGAUGCGACAUCUUCAAAAACCUGUCAAUUAAAAUCAGAUCUCAACUGAUCAAAGUGAAACAGUUGUGCUUCAACUGUUUUCGACCUGGACAUCAAAGUGAGGAUUGUUCUGGAUCUCGAUGCAAAGAAGGUGGACAGAAGCACAACACUCUUCAUCAUUGUGAGCAGAAAAAUGUUGUGAAAAAACCAGACAACGCAACACAGCAGACAUCAGCAAAGGUGAAGACAGAUGACAAAAAUUUUACCGGUGAGGCAACUCAUGAAAAAUCUCAGGACAAAUUUUUUCUACAAACUGCCAUCAUUCCACUCGAGAUUAAUGGAGAAUUAUUUCAUGUUCGAGGAGUACUGGAUUCAGCAUCACAGAACAAUCUGAUAACAGAAGCAGCUGCUCAACAUUUACAGGUACGCAGACGGAAGCAGACAACAAGGAUUUGCGGAGUUCGAGAAAACGAAGUUUGCGACAUCAAAGGACAAGUUCAUCUACUAAUCCGGCCCUCAGACAAUGAACCAAUCUCAAUAACAGCAUCAAUUCUUCAGAAGCUAACCAACAUUUUGCCUUCGAGACAAAUCAACAUCGACAAUUGGAAAAAAGUGAAGGAAUUACAAUUGGCCGAUCCCAGACUCAAUGAUCCACAGGAAAUUGACACGAUCAUUGGAGCAGCUCACUACGAGAAUCUGAUGAUUGGAAACAAUAAAAACAAGGAACAGACAGCAGCAACGGACUUACUUCACUACAACAGACGUUUCUUGUCAGUGACGAAAGCAACGGAAAUUUACAACGUUUUUGGGAAAUCGAGGAAGUUCCAGAAAGAAAAAUGUGGACACCAGAUGAGCUUAAAUGUGAGGAACACUUCAAAGCAACAGCUAAACGCAGGCCAGAUGGACGAUUUGUGUUUCCUCUAUCGUUUGGAAAGGAACUCCGAGCUCUACAAGAAGUACAAUAACUUCAUCAACGAGUUUACUAACCUUGACCUUGCGGAGGAUGUUCCAGACAACGAGUUGGUGCGACCUCACUAUAACUGUUUCUACAUGCCACAUCAUUGCGUUUUCAAGGAUUCAAGCACGACAACAAAACUUCGACUGGUUUUCGACGCAUCAGCAAAGACGACAUCUGGAAAAUCACUCAAGGACAAACUGAUGGUGUCACUUUUAGCCGACAUUGCGAAAAUGUACCGCCAAGUGGAGUUGGAUGAAGAAGAUAGAGACUAUCAUCGAAUCUUAUGGAAACAUCAAAAUCCGACAGAGCUAGUAGAACGACUACCAGUGCACUAUCGAGAAGCAGCAGACGAAAUGAUAUUCAAAAGUGACGAGUAUGUCAUCAAAAGACUUGGAAUCAAAUGGAACCCAGUGCCAGAUCACAUAGACAAAGACUCUCAGAAGUCACGAGACACUAUGGCCCCCUUGGAUGGCUUCUGCCUACGACAAUUCAACUGA